AAUCAGGCCAAAAGGGUGUCGAACCGUUGCGUGCGCAUGUUUGAUUGGGCAAGGGUGGUCGGACUCGGCAUGCUAUAUUAUUGACUGGGAAAAGGAAACAAGUUUCCCAUUUCCGGGGACUUUUGAGAAGGUCAUGCCCAUUGAUGACAUGGAAUGCUGAGUAGAUAAUGCUUGCAGUGAUGCCUGUGCAGAGCCUGAUCCUGUGUGGAUACUGACCUGUGCUCUAUGGGAGGAAUUGCAGAAUGUGGUGUGAGCAUUGAUCAGAAAGCUUCGCCACGCCGUGCAGCCAUAGAGAAAGCUCAGGAGGAGCUUAGGCAGGAAUAUGAUGUCCGUGAAGAACGAAGAAGGGAGCUUGAAUUUUUAGAGAAGGGAGGUAACCCCUUGGAUUUCAAACUUGGGCAUGUAGCAUCACUUAGUGUCCAAUCCACUUCAGUCGCAGACCAUACAACUGAACAAAAUGUGAUAAGUGAAGCUAAGGGCAGCUUUGUGUUUGCUGCCUCACCCCAUGGGGAUUCUGUUGAAAGUAGUGGCAAGCCAGGAAGUUCAUCAUGCCGUGAUGCUAACACAGCUGAUAAUAUUAUGCUUUUGGAUGGAGAUACCAGCAACACAGGCGGGGAGAAACUUGUCAAACAUGGUACUAAACGAACUAACACAUCUCAACCAGAUGUGUCUGUGCGUUGUGAUGGUCAAAAUAAUGUGAAAGAGGCUGAAGAUCCUGGUUUGUUCCGCCUUGGGGCAAAGAACCAGGCAUAUGCUCGGCGCAGAUUAAAAUCAAGCAGGGAGAAUGCUACUAUGUCUGUUGGCUCUCUUCCAGUUUCCCCACUAUAUUCUCAAGGGAAAGAUGCAAAAGGGAUGAUACAAGAAACAAAAACGGAAGAUCAUGGUGUCUCAUCUAUUGGCAAUUCAAAACCAACAAGUCCAAAUUGGAAUGAUACAUCGAAGGUUGCUUCAUUAGGUGAUCAUGAUGCGAUGGAGAUGAACAGUGCUCAAGCAAUUAAUGAAGGAAACCAAGAAGCCAAUCAUGAAACAACAGAUGGCAAAGAUGGUGCGCAAACACCGGAAAUCUCACUGACUGGUAAUUCACAGCUUAUUGGAGAUGAUUUGGUAGUUACUUCAGCUACUUCUGCAGAAUCCCCUGACACAACUCCAAAAGAAGCUGCUUUAGUGCCAGCUUCUUCAUUUCCAUCUUCAUGCAAUGAAGUCUUGAAGGAAGCCCAGGUUGCUGAAAAAGCAGGUAAUGGUUGCUCAGAUAAAAUUUUGGUUGUUGAGGCAGAUGAUAUGGUUAGCAAAAGUGCAGUUUCUCCCUCUGAGGUAGAAAUUGCCAGUUUGAAUGAAAAUGAAGCAGAUAUACCAUGCACAGAUGCGUCCAAGACCAUUGAUGAGCAUCCUGGAAAAAAUGAGAGCUUUUUAUCAGGGAAGGUGUCUGAUGACGUUUUAGGUGAUUCUAUACCUUGUGACAAGGAUGGAAACAAAGAUGGUCAAGCAGAAGGUAGUUACAUGCCAACAGUUGUUGAUGGUGUUUCUAAUUCUGUGCAACCAGAAGUCGGCAAUACCAUUUAUGCCAAAGAUGAGGCUGAAGUCCAUAACAACAAGAUGGUUAUUGGGCAAGAGGAUACAGGGAGUCUUGCUACUUCUGGUGAUGACAAAGUCAAUAAGGAAUCAAGUUCUAAUUUGAAAAGAAAUAAUAAAUGUUCUCCUGAUUUUAAUAUUGCUGAUAAGUCGGAUCCUGUUACCAUGGCGUCUGGUUUGCUCACGGAAGAGGUGCCUAAUUCUGUGCCAUCAAUGAACCUUGACAAUGAUGUAAAAGAAUCUGGUGAAAACAUGCCAACGAUGGAAAAAAAGGAAUGCGAAGAUUCUAUUGUUGCCAAGAAGGACCAUGAAGAUUCUAUCCUUAAAAGGGCACGAUUAAUAGAGGUCAAUAUCAAGAAAGCUGGUGAACGAUCCCUCUGCAAUAUUUCUUUGGAGAAGAAGCCAAAGAGUCACUGGGAAUUUGUCCUGGAGGAGAUGGCUUGGAUGGCAAAUGACUUCAUGCAGGAGCGCCUGUGGAAAAGUGCAGCAGCUGCCCAGAUGUGCCGUUGGAUUGCCUUCAGUGGUCGAGCAACAUUUGAGGAAGCAAACAUCUACAGAAAACAGAAAUCAAUUGCUAGAAUCCUAGCCAAGAGUAUUAUGAGUUUUUGGUGUUCAGCUGAGACUUUACGAGCUACUAGUGGUAAAAUGCCUAAAGAUAAGCAAGCAGAGGAGCCAAUUGGGCUUGUGGAAACAAAGCUGGCUGGAGUUAAAGCAGAAAAAGAACAGUGUAACGAAUCUCUGGAACAAGAGAAGCCUAGGUGUUCUCCUCAGUCUCCUAUUCAAAGUUACGCACUUAGGUUUCUGGAGAAGAACUGUAACAUAUCAGAGUGUCUGUCGUUAGCUGAAGCACCAGCUACUCCUGACAGGCUAAAUGAUUUUGGCAUUUUGAAAGUGCCAGACCAGCUUUCAGAAGCAAAUCUAUUUUAUGGGGUAGCUCCUGGUGCAAUGCGGGCAUACAGAGAGUAUGUGGUGGGUCCUUUUGUGGUUAAUAAGAAAACCAAUAACUCUCGACAGAUCGAUGAUUAUGAGCCAUCUACAACAUGCUCUGUUGCAGAUGCACAUAGGGGAAAUUCAUAUGAAGAUGAUGAUGUCGAGGCAUGCACUUAUUUAUUGCCUGGUACAUACGAUGGUGGUUUGCCAUCAAAAUCAAGUCACAAAAAGAAACACCUGAUGCAGCAGAGGAUGAAUGGCACAAGACAUUACGGUACCGGUGUUGACAUGCCUUAUGAUCCUUACGUGGAGAACAAGCCAGGAAACCAGCCAUUUUUAUCAAAUGGAAAAAGACCUUCAGAUUUCUUUAACAUUCCCACGAAACGCAUCAGGACGGCUGCUAGACAACGAGUUGUAAGCCCAUACCCUGCUAAUGCUUCUGGAGCCACUGCAUUUACAAGUAAAACAGAUGCUUCUAGCGGAGACACAAACUCUUGUCAAGAUGACCAAAGUUCAUUGCAUGGAGGAUCUUUUCCAAGGAAGAAUGUGGAUAUUGAAUCGACGGUUGAUUUUGAUAGACAAUUGUAUGAUGGCAGUGAGGUGUCUACUAAGUCAAAAAAGAAGAAAAAGUCUAAGCACCCGGGAUACAAGACACCUCAAAGUGUGGCUGAGUCAUGCUCUUUGAUUGCUGGAAAGGGCACUGCCUGUGAUCCUAGACCUCAGGUUGAUUUGAUUGCUCAAUAUGAGCAGAAGGAUUAUUUGAAGAAGAGACCAGAGGUUCACCAAUUUGAUUCGAAUGGAAAUAUAGUGAUAAAUGGCCAGCAUGCUGCCAAGAAGCCUAAAUUGAUGAACCAAACGCCAGAUGUCUCAUUAGAAGCACCUACACCAGUCGGCCCAAUGGCAUCUCCUGCUGCUUCACAAAUGAGUAACAUGGCAAAUCCUACGAAGAUUAUAAAGAUCAUUACACACACAAAUCGGGAUCGUGGGAGAAAAAAUAAAGUGCUCAAGAUGGCUCCUGGUCACUCAGGUCCUGGAAGUCCAUGGUCGAGCUUUGAGGAUCAGGCUCUUGUUGUGCUUGUACACGAUAUGGGUCAAAACUGGGAACUGGUUAGUGACGCGCUGAACAGCAUUGUCCAGUUGAAGUGUAUAUACAGAAGGCCUAAUGAAUGCAAGGAUCGCCAUAAACUUCUCACAGAGAAAAGUUCAGGUGAUGGUGCUGAUAGCGCAGAUGACUCAGGCUCAUCGCAACACUAUCAAUCUACACUACCUGGCAUACCAAAGGGUAGUGCUAGACAGCUGUUCCAGCGCCUUCAAGGACCGUUCGAGGAAGAGACUCUUAAGGCACACUUUGAGAAAAUAAUAUUCCUUGGGCAAAAAUUGCAUCCAAUUCGUAGAAAGGGGGAGAACCAAGAACUCAAGCAGAUAAAUCAGCUACAUCCUUCUCAUGCUCAUGCACUUUCUCAAGCAUGUGCGCCUGGAGUCAUUUUGAUGCCGCUUGAUCUUUGUGAUGCAAUGACUCCAAACCAAGAUGCACUUUCUAUUGGUUACUCGGGAUCUCACGCAACUGGUUUAAUGCUUCCAAACCGUCCCAGUUCCAUUGGUCCUACCCUUCCUACUGCCAAUCUGAAUGCUAGGAUACCAGGGUCUCCUGGUAUGAUUUUAGCCAAUACUUUGCCAUCACCCUCAACACCGAAUGCUCCUAGGGAUUCUAGGUACGGAAUGCCUAGACCUACCUCUCUGCAGGGUGAUGAUCAACAAAGAAUUCAGUAUAACCAGAUGCUCAACAGCAGAAGUCUUCAGCAACCUGGGGUGCCUGUUCCUGGUGCAUUGCCUACUGGAGUUGACCGUGGUGUUCGAAUGAUGCCUGGUGCUCAUGGUAUAGGGAUGAUGACUGGACUAAAUCGUGGUACUCCUGUGACCAGGCCGCCCUUUCCAAGGCUUGGUUCCUCAGGAAUGCUAAAUAUGGUUUCACCUGGAAACAUGCUUCCCAAUAACGGGCAAGGCAUGCAAAACACGACAAAUGUUCAUACUGGUACCAUACCUGGCCAUGGAAAUACUAUGUUGAGGCCACGCGAUCCAAUGCAGAUGCUUCGGCCUGGCCAGAAUAUGGAAGAACAUAGGCAGAUGAUGCAGGAGUAUCAGAUGCAAGUGUCACAGGGAAAUAGCCAGUCCAUUCAUUUCACUGGUAGUCCAUUUUCCAAUGUCGGAGCAUCUUCACCUGGUCAAUCCAUUCCGGUUCAGUCGCCACAACCACAUCAGAUGCCACAACAGUCACACGUUAUUGGAAAUACACAUCAUCCCCACAUUCAAGGAACAGCCCAGUCAAGCCCACAGCAGCAGGCUUAUGCUAUGCGCAUGGCUAAAGACAGGCACAUCCAACAGCACAUGAUGACCCAACAACACCCACUUUCUGGAGCCAGUGCAGUGUCGACUGUGCAGAAUGGCUCACAAAUGCAACAGCAGAGCCAAGGGCCCGGUUCCAGUGCUGUCCCAUCUUUGCAGUCACAGCAUAAACAGCAGCAUCCGGCACAAAAUCCACUAGAUAGUUCAGUGCUUCCUAACCAGCCUGCCAAUACAACUUCACAUAAGCAGAAGAAGCAACAGGGUCAGCAGCAGUCUAGACAAAACCAGCAGCAACGAAAUCAAGGUAGCCAGCAGGCUAAGCUUAUGAAGAGCUUAGGCCGAGGGAAUAUGAUGCACCAGAGUCCUCCAGUUGAUGCCCCUCAAGCCAGUGGUGUUUCUACAACCCCUAAAAACCAAGUUUCUGACAAAAGUAUGGUGCAACAAGGCCCAGGAUAUUUUUCUGGUAACAAGGGAUUGGUUCCAUCAGUGCUUCAACCUGGGAAUCAACCCAAGAUAUAUGGGUCUCAGAUGCCUCACUCACCAAUACAAACACUGGAUGUAGGUAAUCAAAACUCAAUGCAGGGUUCUCCCAACCAGACUCUGUUAGCUUCCCAACAAGCUCCACUUCAUUCAUCAUCUCCAUUGACUACACAGCAGCAGCAGCAACAGCAACAACGGUACAUGAAUCCAUCGCAUAACAACAUCCAGAGAUUGAUGGUGCAACAAAACCGACAUCUGAACACUGACGGUAGGAUAGAAUCACCUGUUGAGCAAGUUCAACAUAAUCAGAUAAUUCCCUCUACAUCCAUUGCAAAGAGUACAGAUUCAGGUAGCCCAGGUGGUGUUUCAUCUAUAAGCCAGCGUAGGCAAGAGUCAUCUCAUGAUCCAACUGCAGUUCCAUCAACCUCGCAGAGCUCACCUCAAGACACCUUUGUUGGAAAUGAAAUGCUGUUAUCAGUGUCUAGCCAAGGCAUGUUGCAAAGGCAAAUGUCAGGUGGUGUGCCUAUACAUGGGCAUGGUAUUGGUGGGCAGAGGCAGCAACAGCAAUCUCGGCAGCAACAGCAGUCACAGCAGCAGAGGCCUGCUGUUCAAGGCAGUGUGUAUGCUCAUCCUUCAAAUUCAGGACCAGGAUGAUGGUGAAAUUAGGCUGGUAGCUUUUGCAGAAAAUUCUUACCCCUUUGUAAAGUUACUGUACAGGUGCCCGUGCUGUGGAAGCUGCGCGGCUGAUAGUGGUCUCUUCAUUUCCCCCCAACUUUGAGCUAAUUGUAGUCUCCUCAAUGUCAGGUAGAUAAUUAUUUCUGCGCCAUUUUGGCUUCCACCUCUCAGCUAGUUAGAUUCUAGAUUGCUGAGAGGGUGGUUCUUGUAACGGCAAAUUUCUUUUGUUGUCAAAAUGUUACUACCCCGGUUUGGGCCCGGUUGUAUAUUCUGUCCACGAGGUCCCAUGUUGUUAGCAGCAGCAGCCGUCCUUUUGUAUAAGCCUGUAUAUUUAUCUCACAAGGUUAGUCAAUGCAAAAGCCAUUGUUCGCGUCAAA